AUGGCUCCAAGCCCCCGCCGCUCUGAAGAGUAUGAGCUUCUCCAAAGGACGUCUUCCGAUUCCACACAAGCUUCAGACUUGGACUUUGGGUACGAUGUACCUGCGUGGCGGUCUGGAUAUUUGCGGCUCCCAGCAUGGUCUCGGAUUCGAACGUAUACGUACCUUUUUUGCUCAACAAGAAAACGACGACUGCAUUGUCGCCUGAUAUGCCAUGCAUUCACCGCUAUCGCAUGCUGCACCAUCAUAUUGGUUAUAUUAACCGCCCUGUUUCGGCCUUCGUAUACCCAUCUGCCAGAUCACUACAAGGUUCUCCGGAGCAUAUGUUCAGAAUCAUCCAAGCCAGGACGAGGGAAUGUCAACAAUGAAAAAGUAUUCAUCGCUGCUGCCUUAUACGAUCCCGGAGGAACUCUCGUCGGAGGGGAUUGGGGCAAUGCAGUCUUGCACUUAGUGGACCUUCUGGGACCGGAAAAUGUUCAUCUAAGCGUGUAUGAGAACGAUGCCGAUCCUUCUGCGAACGCAGCUCUUGACAAACUCAGGGAGAAGCUCGAUUGCAAUUCCUCCCUUGUUUCCGAACAUCUACCCCUCGAAGACAUUCCCCGCGUUACGAUACCGACCGGCGAGAGGCGAAUGAAACGUAUCGCGUUUCUUGCGGAGGUCAGAAAUCGAGCCUUACGCCCACUCGAAGCCAAUCCUUCCGCUCAUUACGACAGGGUCCUAUUUAUCAACGACGUCAUGUUCAACCCAAUCGACGCUAUCCACCUACUAUUUUCAACGAAUAUUGAUACCUCUGGUCGCGCGCAAUAUGGGGCAGUCUGUGCAGUAGACUUUAUCAACGCGUUUAAAUUCUACGAUACAUUUGCAACCAGAGAUUUUGAAGGAUACGCGAUGGGAAUACCCUUUUUCCCAUGGUUUACUGAUGCUGGCAACGGAAUAAGCAGGCGGGAUGUGCUAGACCAAAAGGAUGCCGUCCGAGUGCGGGCUUGCUGGGGCGGCAUGACAGCAUUUGAAGCAAAAUGGUUUCUAGAGACUCAUCCAGAGGGCCUCGUCUCCGGUGGACCCUCUUUGGACGCCGAGGCUGCCUUGAAUGUAUCACCCCUCCGCUUCCGUUAUGAAGAGGAUCCGUUUUGGGACGCUUCUGAAUGCUGCCUCGUUCACGCAGACCUGACCUAUCUUCGGCAUGGCCGCAAUAUCACGACGCACUCUGGUAUUUUCACCAACCCUUAUGUCCGCGUUGCGUACGAUUCGCGGACGCUUAGCUGGCUUCCUCUCACGCGUCGGACCGAACGUCUAUAUUCUUUUGUCCAUAAUACACUCAACCAUCUGAUUGGCAUGCCUUACCCAAACCCGCGGAGGCUAGAGCAGCCUGGAGAGGAAGUGGUGGAAAAAGUCUGGAGUUGGGAUAAGUCAGGGGAGGUAACGCAGGGUGGAGCUGGUACUGGUCCCGAGGGAUCUUAUCAUGAUGUCAAGCGUGUGGCUGGCCCUGGACGUUUCUGUGGAGGUAGGACACUGCUUGUAUUGAACGAUGAUCCCAAGCCAGGGGAGAAGAAGUGGGUAAGCGUUCCCCUUCCGGCGGUCUCUAGAUAA